UGGUGUGUAUGGAAUAGUGUGUAUACCAUUUCCAAGCUGACGCGACCUUAGCACGAGUUCCAUCGCAUGCAUAUACACACACACGUACGCACACACUGUCCAUGCUUUGCGUUAACACACGUCCGCACGCUCAAUCAACUGGUGAGUAUCGCGUUACCUCGCAGAACUGGGGGCCCAGUGUGCGCUUGACCACGCUGCCGAGAGGAUCCUUUGGAGAACCGUUGCUCGGAGGUACACACCGUUCGCAGAGAUCCCGACUCCAACAUGCCGAACUGCCCGAAGUGCGACAAGCCCGUCUAUUUCGCUGAAAGAAAGACUUCCUUGGGGAAAGACUGGCACGGUGCCUGUUUACGAUGCGAAAAGUGUAACAAAACGCUGACACCAGGUAGCCAUUCGGAACACGAAGGCAAGCCGUACUGCAAUCAUCCGUGUUAUGCUGCCCUAUUCGGUCCUGGAGGCUUUGGACGAGGCGGUGCGGAGAGCUACGUUUACAAAAAGUAACGAUCCGACAACAAACGGCGAUAACUACUUACUGCUAAAUCAAACGCGUUACCUGUUCCAUAGAAUUUAUUGUUAAUAUAAUACUAAACAGAUCACCUAAGAAUAAAUGCGCGAAGUACAAUGAUUUCGUAAAAUGUACGAAUAGAACGCUACGAAAUACUUAAGAUGUUCAAUUUUUUAUAAG